GAGCUCCCUCGUCUCUCGGCUGCGGUCUGGGCGGCCUGCAGCCACACGUCAACCCCGGCGGAGGUCCGAUGUACCAGCAGCAGGUCCACCAGGGCAUGCAGCCGGGCGUGUCCCACCCAGCCUACCAGGGGCCGCAGCACUUCUCUGACAACCCACCGUACGCCGACGGCAGCAACGCCAACGCCGGCUCCAUGGCCUGCCUCUACCAGAACUACCAGCAGGGGAUGUUGUCGCACCCACAGCCCCAGAGCGAGGGGCCUCCAGCGGGCCCCGACAGAGGCCCAGAGUCGGUGGACGCCAUCUACAGAGCCGUGGUGGACGCCGCCAGUAAGGGCAUGCAUGUUACCAUAACCACCACGGUGAGCGGGACCACGCAGGCGAGUCCGGUGCCCGCCCUCAGCGCCAUGAGUGCCUUCACUGCCUCUAUAGGGGAGCCGGUCAGCCUCCCGAAAGCAGUUAGCACAGUCCUGCACGGGCACCCGGAGGGGGAGGCGUUACCGCCGCAGUCCAGAGCGCGGCAGGUGAGGCCGGGACGGGCUCAGAAGAACAUGGAUCCGGGGAAGAGAACUCCAGACGGCCACGAGGCCAACGACUACUUCCGUUCUCCGGGCUGCGGGACUCCCAGAGGGCAGUGGGACGGGGAGCACGGAGGCGGCUUCGACACUCACAGCAACAACAGCAGCGCCUGGGGAGGCGAGGAGUUCCUGGAGUGCUCCACCCACGUGAGGAGUAGCCCCUGCAUGGAGCGGCCCGUCGGCCUGGCGCCCGGCGACGGCCCCGUCGACCACGCUCUGGCCAUGGCUCACGACAAGGCGUUUCUGGACGACGGCUACCGCUUCAACAACUGCAGCCGGACGCCAGCGAACUACAAGGAGCGUCUGGAGCAAACGGUGGAGCGCUGCGCCCACAUCAACGGCGCCACGCCUCACUUUAACACCCGGGGUUACGGAGAAGUCCUGGGGCCCCCGCGGCAGGAGCUGACGGGGGACGACCAGUCUCCGAGCUCCUCCACCAGCCUGGAGGGCCCGCUGGCCACCGCCAAAGACUACAGCCACUACAACGGACACUUCAACGGUAUGGCGCCCAGCCCCUCGGACACAAAGAGCCUGAGCAGCGAGGAGGACCUGCGGCAGCCGGACUCGCCCUCCUCAGAGCUGCUUCACUACCGGUCCAGGACUUUCAACGUGGGGGAGCUGGUCUGGAGCCAGCUGAAGGGCUUCCCGCCUUGGCCUGCCAAGCUGGCCGGGGACGAACAAGUGCACAGCGCCGCUAUGCAGCUGCGGGAGCAGGCCAAGGUAGAACCAGAGAAGCUAAAAACACUAACGCACGACUUAGAGGCACUUGACCGAGCCGCCAAAAGAGGCCUGAAACCGGGGAAACUGAAUAAUCACCUGGAAGCUGCUAUCCACGAGGCCAUGAGCGAGCUGGAUAAGAUGUCGGGCACAAUCCCGUCGAGGGAUCGUCAGGUGAAGCUCCCCAAGCCCAAGAGGAGGAAGAUAUCCAGAUAACAUUGAAUGUGUCGGCCGCAGAACGUCCUCAAAGCCUUCGGAGACUUCGUCCGUUCCGCCUUGAUGCGAUCUGAGCUCUCUAACAGGUGCUACACGUGGACUUUCAGUGGUACAUCAACUUGACUUAACGACUGACCACAGAAGGUGCUGGAGAUUCACCAACACAGUUUUAACUGUAGGAAAAAAAUAACGAAAAGGAAAAAAAAUGGAGAAAAACGUCAAAAACAGUUGCAAUUUGUCUACAGCUCACUGAAUUAACUAUUUUUUUCUAGUAUAAGAUAGUAAAACAAACAAAAAAAAAAAAAGCUACAAGCAUUACCUUACAUAUUUAAGAAAAAUAGACAGUCCAAAUAUUUCUGAUACAUUUUCAAUAUGUAUAUAGAUAAUCCUGAAAUUUCAUGCUAUUAAGAAUUGUAUGUAAAUAUUGUACAAUGUCAUGUACAAGCAUACCUAAUGCACAUUUUAUCUUUUAUUGUACAAAAACAAAGCAGAAGUGUACCAAUGUCUUGGUUUCUAUUCAGAAAUGCGGUUGCAUACGGCCGCAUGCAUAGAUUAAAUAAGAAUACAGCCUAAAGCUUUUAUAUGAGGAACUGUAAGACGUGCUGUUUUUCUGUUUGUUUUGUUUCUGUUUUUGUUUGUAAGGGAACAGCAGUGGAAUAUGCAUGAGUAUAUGAGUUCUCCAUUAUGAAAGUCAACUUCAAACCAGUGUUCAUUUGUAUUGGGGAGGGGGCGGGGGGACCAGAAUGAACUUUACCAGCAGAAAGUAACGAGUAAUCUUCAUCAAAACCACCACAUUUUGGAGAAUCAGUGUCCGUCGUUGCUUUCCUGCCGUGUUUUUGAAAGAAAAAUCCACCUUCAGGCACUUUUGUGUCGUAAUAAUUUGCAGUUUUGGGUGAAUAUUUCCCAGAAAGACUUCGACCGUCAGUCAAACGACAGCAGAAGAACUCUUUUAACCUUCAGAUCCCUUUGAAGUUUGCGUAAUAUGAUCAAAAAUAAGCUCACGGCUUCCCGCUGCGUUAAGGAUUCCUCCUCUUUGUUACUGUUCAACGUCAGUAUUAAAUGUUUUUAAAACACGGCCCCCUCUCUCACAAACACUAAACGCCACGCCGGGCUCCCACAAUGCAACAGAAACCAGUACAAAGAGUGUUUGGGUGGAUUUCUCCUUCAACUACAACCAGAAUAGGCUGCACUGACGAGUUCUGUCCUCUGCCUGUUGUGAUCAUGUUCUCGUGCUCGUUUUGUACAGUGAUGUUAGACGUUUUGGACUAUAGCUUUAGGUAGAGUAACCGACCUCAGAGGCGCAGUCUAGAUUAUCAAGAGGAACACUAACUCGGUUUUAAAGAGCGGUGGAAGCAUUUCUCAUUUAGGGGCCUUGUUUGUUUUUUGUUUGUUUGUUUGUUUUUGCCUUUUUUUGAUGUAAAUUAUUUAUGUACAGUACUCCAUAUUUAUUUUAAGCUUUACAAAUAUGCUAGAUGGCAAUAAUACUACCAAGAGUUGAGAACUCAAGCCUUAUAUGUGUAUAUGUAUGUUUUUUUUAACCGUGAAUAGAUCAUGUAUUCAUUAAGGUCGUGUUCCCUUUUAUUUAAAAAGUGAGCAUUGCAGAUAACACUUCUCUUUUUUACAGCGAGGCUUUCUGAUCGACUUAUUUUUGUUACACGUUGUGUCGUGGAUUUCUUGGUUAAAGGAAACCUACAGGACCACACUAUUUAUGAAUAUGCACAUCUUCAGAAAGCGUUUGUGUCGGGAAUAAAUGCAGUUUUAACGCCACGAGCUGUGGAAGUUUCAAACACUUGAUCAGUCUUAGCUUCACCUCCGAAUCAAAACCAACAACAAGCUGAAUUAACUCCACAUUUAUCAAGUGCAAUAUACCAAUUGAUGGCAAGGAUCAACAGCUCAGCAGCGCUGCAUCUCUCGAUUGUUUGAGACCUUUUUCUUCGCGUUCACACCUUCGACAGCUCGGGCUGUUCUCAAAAAAAAAAAACCACAAAAAGAAGUUCUUUGGGAACAAUAUUCAUCUUUUUUUCAGAUGUCCGAACCUAAGAGCCAUGAAGUAGUAAUUUAUUUGUAGCUUUACCUCUUUUUUUUUCUUCUUUACAAAUUUAAUUUUAAUUUGUAAUUCACCCUCAACGAAUAAAGUUUUACUAAAAACGCCGCAAAUGACUUGAACUUUUCUGCUUUUAUAGCAAGAAAGACCCGACAAUACACUACUUUAUAAAGAGAUUAUCUUCUUUGUCACUCAGUAAAACGUGGAAACACUACCGUAGAUACGUACCUGAUGCAUAAAGGAGGGGCCUCAAACUACCAACUACAGCCACGUAAACAAUUAAAUCUUAUUUUGUUGAUGUGUGCACACUUUGAAGAAGUUGUACUGUAUUUUCUGAAGAUCUCUCACUAAUUUCAAACCUUUUUCUGUUUUCUUUUGCUGUGUGCUCACUGAAAAAACUCAAGGACAUUUUGAAAAUAAAAAAAGUCCCUAAACUUGUAGCAACGUCAAACAAUAUCAGUAUUUAAAGGUGAAUAUGAGACUUUAUAGGAGCGUCCUUCCACAUCCAACCACAUUUCCAAAAGAUUUCGAGUUCGGGCAAAUGUUGAAGAAAAUGUUGAAGAAAAUGUUCCCGCCUUUUUUCAGCGCACACUUUUUUAAAAACCUCCGAAACGUUCGGCGUCGAGAAAACACGAGCUCUUUUUUUAUUUUAAUUAUUUUUUGGUAAAGUUCAUUCUGCCUCUUCCUCCCAAAACGCCCCCUCGUUUUUUUUGUGCAAUGACAUGCAGGAACCCGGUCUCAGGUUGGGAACCCAUGUGUUAUGAAUCUGUUCUAUCAGUUUCAUGUUAUUUGUGGUCAAGAGUUCAAAGCAUUUUUGUGUUUGAGGUGAUCUGUGCAGUCUAUUUUCUCCUCCUCCCGCCUGUGAUUGUGUGCCUGUGUGUGUGUGAGUUUUUGAGGUGAGUGUGAUUGUUUCUGCUUUCUGAAUCUAAUUUCCCUCUUUUCCUCUUCCACCCUUUUUAGUUGUCAGUAUUUUAUUUUUUCAACUUGUAAUUAAGUAUAUAUUU